UCUCUCUCUCUCUCUCUCUCUCUCUCUCUCUCUCUCUCUCUCUCUCUCCCCAUAUCCCAACAUCCCUCUGACAUGAUGGUAAACCGAUAACUGACCGGCCGUCUCGUCACCAUGGGUGCCUGCCUAUGCAAAGGUCACAAAGAGUUCCAGAGUGGUCCCCAGCAUCCCAUGGAGGUACUGCAAUACCAGCCUGUCAAGGGCGGCCACGCUCCUUCCAACGGCAAUAUGUCAGAGAAGAAGAGCAGCAGUAGUUAUGACAUUGGGGAGUUGGCCACUUCCUCCCUGAUGGGACUGGUGGCGAUGAUCAAGGAGCACAUCACCAAGCCCACGGCUAUGGCCCAGGGGCGUGUUUCACACCUCAUAGAGUGGAAUAGCUGGGGGGGCAGGUGUGAAAGAGGGGACGACUUUCAGGAAGAUGAGCAGCUCUAUUCCCACCUGACCGACGAGAUCAAGGAGGCCCGCUUCGCCGCAGGAGUAGCAGAGCAAUUUGCCUUGGCUGAAGCGGCCAUGAAUGUUUGGUCGAUUUACGAAGGUCCAGAACAGCUAUCCUCCAGCUUAGACCCUCUGCAAGACAGCCACGUCGUGUCUCACUUUCUGUUAGACGUUGGCAGCGUUGGGCUCCCUCAGCAGCUGUACAGUAUCCACACAAAGGCCAACAACAACUACGAUGCUGGCUACCUGGGGCCUCCACACCCAGUCUUUUCUGUUUCCCUCAUGUCUCCCCCCUCUCAGCCAGACAGUGAGCGGUGCCCCCCAGAGGACGGGAGGACUGGAGCUUCAGAGGCCACCACCGUUCAACACGUAGACAGCAGCUCCCUAUAUGAUGAUGAGGUUUUUUACAACUAGCAGAACAGAAGAGAAGACACUGUUUGGCGGACACUUCCAUCUCCACCUUUAAAAAGGGAGAUAAAACAGAAGCACUAAUUUUGGACCGGUGACUGAUCAAAAUUCAUGUCUUCUAAAACACAAAAUGAGGAAUAGUUCUCAGAAAGGAGAGGAAUAAUCCCACCGCAAGGAAUUGGGACGUAGACAUAUCUGAGUG